UGCAAUUAAAGUGUGAUUUGUCAAUUUGUUUAAAUGCGCUGAAAGUUUCGGAAGAAUUAGAUAAUCUACUCCUUUAAGCACAUUACAGUUUCCUUCGGGUUCAUAACAGACAGGAACGUGGAAUCAGAACAGGUGAAAGGAUUAUCUGUCCAGGGGGCGGGCAAGUGAUUAUGACUUGCCCGCCCAUCGUACCUACUUUGACCUAAGUUGUGCGUGGUCACGUGACCAAUUCUCUUAUAUAUGAGACCAGGGAAUGAAAUCAGGUCAUUACUAGCGGUACAGGUGACGCACGCACAACUCACUCUCAAGUGUACACUCCUUUUCCUCGAUAACAAACGAUGAACUUGUAUCUGUUCUUCCUGACGACGGGCUGCCUGGCGACCCCAUGCACGGCACAAGGACUUUCCUGGCUCUUCAAACGCCUCCAUAAAACAGGUCGCCAUAACAUCCGUGACCUCAGCAGCGACCGUCACACCUCCCAUCAAAUGACGAUAGAUCAACCCUUCAACUUUUAUGAACACUUGCGUCUGUGCACCAACGAUCGCGUGUGUGGGCGUGGCCAGUUCUGCGACCAGCACUACGGCGUGUGUCGGGACCACAUGACGGAGGGACAGGAGUGUCGUGAGGACGCCAUGUGUGAGGGCGGAUACGACUGCAUGUUCGGCGUGUGCCAAAAGCGCAUCAAGCGUGGGCGUGAGGGCGCCAGGUGCCGCAAGGAGAGGGAUUGUGGAGCAGGGAUGUGCUGCGCCCGUCGCCAUGGAGAGCAGGUGUGUCAGCGGCGUCUGCCGUUGGGCCACAAGUGCUACGUACCUGAGGGCGGCCUCGACUAUUCCAUGAACCAAGUUUGCCCGUGCGAAAACGGCCUUGUGUGCAAAUACACGGCUGAACAGCCUCCUUCCAGGCACCAGCUCAUCGCCUUCAUAUCGGCCUCCGAGGAGAUGCGCUGUGCAGCGCCCUCGCACCGCGUCGACUGACAUGUCAAAAGGAGUUGAUUAUGUUCUCAAUGUAUUUAUCCCAAGUGAAC